AAGAAUCGAAGAAGGAGUGGGAGACAAAAAAUAAAGGAGAGAAAAAAYYMAAAGGAGGCCGACCCGACACAAAACAUAACGCACACCGAUAGCUGUAGCGGGUCCAUUAAUGGACAUAAAAUAAACAGAUAGCGAGCAAAUACGCUUGUUCACGGAAUUUUAUCCCGUUGAGAGCAGGUCAUGCUGUUCUCGCAAAGGUAAUGAGCCGUAAAGCCCUUGGGUUUCGGCUUAGCAGCGCCCACAAACUGCAGCGAAACUGGAAUGAUUGGCAGCCCAGAGGCGACAGCGUGUCAGCAGCUAGCCAGGACGGUGUGAAGUGCAUCGCCACCAGAGACCUGGUGGGAGUAGCAACCUCGGACCGGCCUGUCUCCCCAACUCUCCUACAUGAUGCCUUCCCAGACACCGCAGACACACUGGACGAAGGGGGAGGAUAUGAAGCUGCAGGAGGGUCUAGUGAUGAUACUUUUGGUUGGAAGUCGUUGGGGCAAGAGUUGAGGAUCAACGAUGCGACCGGCGAUUUGAACACUUUUCAGCAGCAUGGAAACCGUGCUUUAGCUUCUAAGGACAUGAGGAAUCCUACAGACAGAGGGAUGUCUCACUCUGAUGAGUCUCGCCUGUCCAACCUCCUGCGCCGUGUGUCCCGUGAGGAGGACAGGGACCGCCGGCUGGCCACCGUCAGACAGCUCGCGGAGUUCAUCACUCACUCUGACAACAAAGUGGCCCUGGUGAAACAGUUGGAUACGAUCCUCAGUACCCUGAAUGAUAUUUUGAAUGAAAGCAGUAAGAUGCUGUCAGAGCUGCGUCAGGAAGCAGCGGUGUGCCUGGGUCUGCUGUGCACCGCUCUGAGCUAUGAAGCAGAGCGCAUCUUCAAGUGGAUGUUUGUCAAGUUCAGCUCCAGCACCCGGGACGAGGUCAGGCUGCUCUACCUGGUGGCAGCGUACCGAGCCCUGGAGGCAGCCGGAGAGAGGAAGGCCUUCUCACCUGUCAUGCAGCUGGUGAUGAGUAGCCUGCAGUCCAUCCUGGAGAACCUGGACACGCCGGAGCUGCUGUGUCAGAGCGUCCGCUGCAUCCUGCAGGUGGCCCGCUGCUACCCACACGUCUUCAGCACCAACUUCAGAGAUACGGUGGAUAUCUUGGUGGGCUGGCACAUUGACCACACACAGAAACAGUCUCUGACUCAGCAGGUCUCAGGCUGGCUGCAGAGCCUGGAGCAGUUCUGGGUAGCAGACCUGACCUUCUCCACCACGCUGUUGGGACAGUUUUCUACGAGAGUACUGGAGGCCUACGCAGAGGACCUGGGUCACGUGGGUUCUGGCGAGGCGGUCGACGAGGACAUCCCUCCGCCCACGGUGUCUCUGCCCAAACUGGCCGCCCUGCUGAGGGUGUUCAGCACCGUGGUGCGCUGCAUCGGACAGCGCUUCAACCCCGUUAGAGGACCGCCCAUCACACAGGCAUACGUCUCUGAUGUUUUGAACCGGGUGUUGGCGUGCGUGUCGACGGCCAAGCAGGUGUUGUUCUCUGAGCCGGUGUUGACGGCGGGGAACGAGUGUGUGUGUGUCCUGCUGGUGAGCUUGGAGCCGUCCGCACAGCUGGCCGACGCAGUCAUCACCUACGGCCUGGACCAGCUGGAUGCCUGCCGGGCCUGUGGCCCAGAGUACAGCCUGGCCGUCCUCAGCCUCGUCACAUUGAUUGUGGACCAGAUCAACACUAAGCUUCCAGCUUGGUUUGUGGAGAAGCUGCUGGCCCCGACAUCACAGCUCCUGGAGCUACGCUUCAACAGGGACAGAUGAUGUCAGCAGCCCUGGGUGUGUACCAGUCUGUUUUGAGCCUAAAGAACAUUCCCAUUCUGGAAGCAGCGUAUAAACUGGUUCUGGGAGAGAUGGCCUGUGCCCUGUCCAGCCUUCUGGCCCCCCUGACCCCCUCCCCGACCCCUGGGAGCCCCUCCCCGACCCCUCCACCCUUUCCCGGCAUCCAGCACCCUGUCUUCGCCCCCCUCACCCUCACCCCAGAGAGGGCAGAGUUCACCCUCAUCUUCAACCUGUCGGCCCUCACCACCAUCGGCAACACCAAGAACUCACUCAUAGGGAUGUGGCUCCUGUCUCCGACGGGUGUUGACUGCGAGGUUUUGUUGAGUCAGAACCUGAUGUUGAGCUCCACUCUGAUCCUGGCACGUCUUCUACCACCCUGCUCCUGUCCUUCCUCCUCCCCUUCUCUCUUUGAGGGGCGGUCAUUCAGCACGGUUAACCACGCAACCAGGAAGAACACUUCAGCCACUCUGCUGUCCCUGGCUGCGGAGCCCUGCUGA